CAAAAUUUAAAUGUCAUUUUUGUUGUAUAUUUUUUUGGAAUUGCAAUUUGUGAUGUGGAUGGAAAUUGGAAUGUGUAUUUAAUUAAAGUUUUGUGAUGUGAUUGGAUUUAAAUCAAGUUUUGAUUAUAUUCUCCUCAAAAUGGGGAUUUUUACGUCUUGCUGCAGACCUUCAGCCUCGGAUGUGUUGACUCCUGAUGCAGAGACCAGACGCAGACAGCAAGUAGAAGCAGCUGAGCGGAGACGCACAGAGGAGGCUGGCCGUGGUGUCAAAGAUCCAGAGAAAGUUAAACGCAUGCAGCAGCGGUCCGAGGAAAUGGAGAAAAGGGAGAGAGAAUUGCAGAAAGAUGGGGGACCUACUUUGAAGUGGACGUCAGACUGAAAUACGGAGAGUGGGUGUGGCCAGCCCCCCGCAGAACGAUACAAAUAAAAAACUGACUGCCGACCGACACAUGGUACUAUUCGAAGACUUCAUAACAAAUGGGUGUAAAGAUAGUGUAGUUUCACUGGAGGGACAAAAAUGUGAUUAAAACCAAAACUAUACUCUAUCUGUGGAAAGAAGUUAGUAUAGCGCUCUCUCUGUUACACAAUCCUAUACAAAUGAUAGAGACAAAAAUUUCAAUUGGUGCUAAACAUUUUUGAGUCACCGACCAAUCACAAACGAAACUAUGUUUUCUAAUUGAAUUUUGAAUGUUUUUGAAAUCAUUUUCGGACUGAAUUUUGAGUUAUUUUUGAAAACAUUUUUGAAUUGAAUAACGAAUGCCUUUUGAAAACAUGUUUGUGAUUGGUUGAUGCAUUAAGAUUUUUGUCCCUAUCAUUUGUAUAUUAUGUAACAGAGAGAACUCUAUACAACUUCUUUCUGCGGAUAGAGUACUAUAGUAUUUAUUGUCCCUUUCAAAAGUACCCUAUUGAUAAAUAAUUGCGAAAAUGGUAAACAAAACAGUGUGAUUACAUGAAAUAAAAUUUUAUGGGAGCAGCAAAAAACUCAAUGCAAACUUUACUGUAAUUUUACACGAAUUUCGGACUGUGAUUGGAAGGAAGUCAAGAUUUUAUUCAGUGAUCAGAAUUUUGGGAUUCAAUUUCAGUACAGUUUAGAUUUGUUUGGAAAUGAGUUCAGAUUUUUAUUCUGUGGGCUAAAAACAUCCAAAAUAAAGAAAAAAAGUAUUCUGAUUAGAAGUGUAACUACACCAUUUUGUUCACCAGCUUCUCAAAUUACAUAAUUCAUAUUGUCAGAAAUCAUAGGUCCGCAACUUUUUCAUUCUGAAAAUGUCAAUAAUUUUCAAAAGUGGGCAUACUUUUGAAAAUUAUUGGCAUUUUCAGUAGUGGGCAAUCUUCUUUGUUGGGUGCUUAAGUAAAAUUAUACUAUGGUAUUUUUGAUAACUUGUGUUUAAAAAAUUAUAAUUUAGUUAUUUUAAAUUAAUUUUCGUAUGGUGCAAAUUAAAGAUUUUAAACAUUUUUUUUAAGCCAUAGAUUUCCAAACUUAUUCAUACUUACUUUUACGUAUUUUUAUUUAAAGAGUAAAAGCUGGUAAAGCAACUUGUUAGUUUACUUUGUAUAAGCUAAUGAUUUUAGGGUUAUUUCGUGGUUUAACAACUUAAUAAAAUAGCGUAAAUAGCGAUAAAUUAAAUAUCGAUGAUUCAAAAAUAUCGAAUAACAUUUGAACAAUCUAAAAAAAAUUGUUUUCGAUUGUUCAAUUAUUUACAGAACGUUGGUCUGGGACGAAUGAAUCGAAAAUUGAAUGCAUUUGUGCAAUUGAUUUAGGUGUUGUAUUUAUUCAUUCCAGACUGCGUGCUCUUUUAGACUUUACAAUCUUCAAUCAAUUUAAAUUCAAAGAAAAAUUUUACAAUCGGUUGUCGUUUUUUAUGCGAUUGUUUUUUGUGAAAUAAUAAAUCGACAAUCAAUUGUUUUGUCCCAACAGUCGCUAUUGACGCUAUUAUCGAUCGUGGUACAUACCUAUUACAUACCGACUAUUUACUGAAUACUUUGUGUAAGCUUACGAAAGCACUGCAAAUAUAUGUUUGAAUGUUUAUAAGUUCCUACAAGUUACGAAUUUUACUGAUAGAUGAUAAUAUAGGUUUAUUAAGUUGUAUGUAUUUUCUAGAACUUAUGAAAAAAUGAGCAUUGAAGAAGAUACACACAGCUGUAUACCUACAAGCACUUAGGUUAACAUAUACAGGUACAGGUGUAACCAGAACUUUAACAAAAUCGAAAUCAAGUGAUAAUACUGAUGAUUACUGAUAAGAUAAUAUUA